GCGGGGAGAGAAAACUACACUGGGAAAGAAAACACAUAAACUAUUGAUGAAAUAAGAUAAUAUCGCGUAUACUUGCAGUAUAUAAUUGGCGUUCAUGGUAUCAUUUUCUUUGAUCGUUUGUGUUGUUUCAGGAAUACCAAGCAGGGUUUGAGUGAGGAACCAGGAUGAUGGCGAUGGUGCCUCUGACCAGCUCAGGUCUUCUCCCUCUGCUGGAAUCUCUGGAGGAUAGCACAGCCGGACAACCUGAGCAGACAGACGCCUACCUCACUAUUGCCAAUCGUCUCAGUGGAGAUGAUGGAAAGCAAUUCCUCCCUGCAGUAGUAAAGCACUUUUCACGUUUGGGUAAAACUUUCCAGACCCAUAUCUUCAGUCAGAAUGCAGAGCUGUGCCAAGCUGCACUGCAGGCCCUGGGGUUCUGUGUGUUUCAUGUCCACGUUGUCUCUGCUAUCCCAGAUAAUUUUGCAGAAGAGCUAUUGUCAGCACUUUCCUCUCUGGUGGUGAAGUCCACAGACAAGAACACAUGCACACGAGCAUUAUGGGUAAUCUCCAAGCAGAACUUCCCUCCAGAGGUGGUGGCCAAUAAGGUGCCAGAGAUCCUGAGGGCCCUGGAGUGUGUGCGGACGAGAGAAGACAUCCAGUCUGUACUUAUGGAGCACGAGUCGCUGAAUGUUGUCAUAAGUUUGCUGGAGCAGGCCCCAGCCCAGAUGGGUGAGGUUGCAGUGCAGUGGGCCAAGCUGGUCAUCCCUCUGGUGGUCCACUCAGCCUCUAAGGUGCGCCUGCGGGCGGCAGCAGCCCUGGAGAUGGGCCUGCCUCUACUUCUGAAGAAACAGAAGGAGGUGGCUGCCAUCGUAGAACCUAUCAUGUCCUCAAAACUCAUCCCAGAGCUCCAGAAACUGUUCUCCACGAAGAACGAGACCAACGUGCUGAAACUCUGGCCGUUAUUUGUCAGGCUCCUGGGGAAGCUGCUCCAUAGAGGUGGUCCCUUCAUCAACUCCCUGCUUGGCCUGGAGGAACUGGGCUUCCGUAGCUCCUCCCCCAACAUCAAGAAGGUCGCCUUCAUCGCCUGGAAGAGCCUCAUUGACAACUUUGCGCUCAACCCAGAGAUCCUGUGCAGUGCCAAGCGUCUAAAGCUGCUGAUGCAACCCCUCAGCUCCAUCCAGGUGAGGACAGAGGCCCUCCUGCUCACCAAGCUGGAGGUCUGGUGGUACCUGGUGGUCAAACUGGGAGCCAACCUGCCCACACACUUUGAACAGGUUGGUGUACCUCUCCUCCAGUGCACCCUGGGCCCUGACUCGGCCUUCCCAGCCACUCCUGCUAGGAGCUCCAGCCAGUGCAGUGCUGUGGGGACCACUACUCCUAAAACUGGUUCCGCAGCAUUCUCUAGCACUGCGGUGCCCCGUCUGAACCUGAACACCAGUGUGGUGGUGGCCCAAGCCUAUCCCUCCAUCCAGCUGCUGGGACUAGAGAUGUUGUUGCACUACUUCCUGGGGCCAGAGGUCACAACCGCCGCAGCCAAGAACAAGCUGACACUCAGCCUGGAACCUAUUACUCACCCCUUCCUGUCCAGCCCCUCCUCCUUCACCAAGCACGCCUCGCUGCUAAUCGCUGCUGUCUGUGACAGCUUCAUCUGCAUCGGCAAAGACGCUCCAGAUGCCUUGCUUACCCUUAUAUGGAAGAACCUCGUCAGUUUCGUAAGCACAACGAUUGAUGCUGCUGGCCAUAAGAAGGAAAGGCAGGGCUCUGAGGUACUGACCCUACUGCUACAGGCUCUACAGAGCAUCAUCUCCUCAGAAGCCCUCCCUGCACACAGGGCUCUGAGUCUGCUGGAAUUGACAGUGAAGGGUAUCCCUCAGCGGGUACUUGGAUCUGCCUCUUACCAAGUGGGCAAAAUGGAUGUACUGAAUGGAACCCCAGCUCUGUUCCUGAUUCUCCUGUUCUACAACCGCAGUCUGGUGGCAGGGAUCGUAGAGGAUGAGAGGUUCUUCCUGUGUUUUGAGACAUUGGUGAGCUGUGGUCUGUCCGGCCCCACGUCCCCCCUGGCGUUUGGGGAGGCGGUCCUAGGGGUGGUGGGGCGCAGCGCGGGGACUCUCGGGAACAAGGAACAGCUUUGGAGGAUGUGGAGCGUGGUGGUCAACCCACUGACUGACACCAUCACACAGAGCAAUGAGGUGAACCAAGGAGAUGCUCUGGAGCACAACUUCAGUGCUGUGCACACUGCCCUGAUGUUCCCCAUCACACACCUGCUACCUGGCAAGGUCCUGCCACAGAUGACUCAGAAGUCCAUGCUGGGUACGUGGUCCAGGCUGUAUAAGGUGUUUGCCCGCUGCUCUGCCCUGGUGGCCACGGCCGAGGAGAAUGUCUGCUGUGGGGAGCUGUGUGUCAAGAUGGCUGCCAUAUUGGACAGAAAGGCCCUGAAGGUUCCAUCAACGUUGGAUGCGGUUGCUAACAUCCUCCUGGUCAUCGCUGAGAGUGCAGACUUCUCUCCCUACACACCACAGUUUCAGCAGAAGAUGAAAUCUCCCCACACCCCUCUAACCUGGGUGCGUAAGAAAAGCAAGGCGCUGGGGAACCUGUCUACCUUCCAUACCCUGCUGGUCCAAUCCCUAGAGACCUUCAAUGCCCUGGAGGCCCCUGAGACUGUCCCUGAUGGUACAGGCCUGGCCCUGGUCUCCAUCCUCUCUACCCUGUUCUCUAAUCUGGCCCUGGCUACAGCCAUCCAGGAGGCCCUGGCCUCUCUCACACAGCCCCUUGCAGCCCUCUAUGAACAGGCUGGUAGGACUCCAAAUGAGCAGCUGAAAUUUACCUCAAGUCUUGGAGCAAAGCUGGAGAAGCUCCUGGGUGAUGUCUUGGGGUGCCUGCAGACCCGUUCAGCCCUGGCCUAUGAUGAUGAGCUGCUGUCCCUGCUGUCCCCCCUGCUCUGUGUCCUCUUCCUCCACCGGCGCAAGCAGGUCCGCUCCCUAGCUACACAGUUCUGGAAUGCAACCUUCGCCAACACUCUGGUCCUCGUCUAUCCAGAGGAACUCAAGCCGGUUUUGAGCCAGGUGAAGCAGAACACUCCUAUCCUUCUACCUGGCUUUCAGUCUGUUGAAGUUCCAGAUGAGCUCAGUGGACAGUACUCGAGUGAGAGCUCUCAGCUGGAGACCAAACUGAGUGGAGUACAGGUCACUCCUGGGGUGAAGAGAGACUCUCUACUGCCCAGGGCUGGGGAGAUGAAGGACAGGAACUCCAAGACCUCUACCAAGCCCGUCUCUACGAAGCUUGACUUUGGUUCUCACAAGCUGCCUCGUAGAGAGGAACUGGAGGAGCAGGCCUCGAUAGACUUUGUGUUCAUCCCCCCUGAGACCAAGGAGAGAGUCCUCACUGAGCACCAGAAAGAGGUCAAGAGAACCAAAAGGGUUGACAUCCCUGCCAUGUACAACAACCUGGAUGCUUCCCUUGAUACCACAGUCUUCACCCAGUACACACAGAGUCAGGAGGAAUCACUGGACAAAUUGCCAGCAGAUGAGCAAGCUGAAGAUGCCGCUAAAGAUGAGGGUAAAUCAGAGGAUCCAGAGGAAAACAUGGAAAUGGAGGAUGAAGCUUCUGAGGUUUUGGCAAAAGACACCCAGGAAUAUAUCAGUCCAACCAAUGAGCCGGCAGAACCGGCAAUGGAAGAGGAGCCUGCUGAGGAAGUACUUUCUGAUUCUGCAGACGUUUCCAUGGAGGAUGCCAACGAAGUCGUUCCAUUGCAGGUCUCAGAUGUUGCCAUGGAGUCUAGAGAAGUGGGCACCAGCCCAAAUGUUUCUGGCGGCUCUGAUAUGAUCUCAGGGACGCCUCAGAAACACAACAGUCGCCGCCAGUCCUUCAUCACUCUGGAGAAGUAUGCAGAGGGGAAGCCUGCUAGUCCUGCCAGCGUGGUGAAGUUUACAGGCCCCCUCACCAGGACCACUAACAGCCAGGAGCCUGCCUCUCAGGAACCAGAGGCUGAGGCUGACACAGACCGACAGGACUCGCUGGAGACUAAAAAAGCAAGACAUAAAAGCUCCAGGAAUGAGUCUUUCCUAAAGGAGGGAGAUGAACCUGAACCUUCAGAAAACAAAAUGGAAUCUGAGGUUGAGAUACUCGCUGAGAAACGACCAAGUGAAACCACAGAGGACGACGUCAUCCCAGACACCCAGACUCAGGUGGAAGUAGUGAAUGAAGUUCCAGUUCCUGCAGGUGAAGAAGUAAUGGUAAAUAACAGUCAGGAAGAAGAGGAAUCUAAAGUUCUUCUGGAAGAUUCUCCCAGCUCCCAGUCCACUCUAAGCCAAGGUGAACCAAGGCGGUCCGGACGACGGAGAAGUAGGCCACUGAGACCAGGAGAGGAUGCAGAGGAACAAGAUCAUAUAGACAAACUGAGGAAGAAGUCUCAACCCGGAGAGGAGGCGAGUCAAACUGAUUCACCAAAGACUGCACCCUCUCCUGCCAGUCAAACUGAUAGUCAGUCACAAUGUAGAGCCAGCAGGAGAAGUAAGCUGGCUGUGGAGGAGGACGGUGGAAAAGACAAGCUGAGAAAGAGAAGUCACAAGGAGGUGAGUGAGUCGAGCCAAUCAAAUUCACAGGUUGCCACACCUUCACCUGCUGGUGAUAGCAACAGCCAAUCACAGGGUAGGAGGAGCAACAAAUUGGUCAGGGAAUCAGAGGAGCUGGUCGAAGACAAACGGAAGAGGAGAGGUGUUGCAGAGGAAGAGCUCAGUCAAAGUGACUCCCUAACGGACACUGCCUCUGAUAAUGAUAGCCAAUCACAGAGUAGAUGUAGUCAGAGGAGUAAGCUUGCUGUGGAAGUAGAGGAUGAUGGCAGUCAGAAACAAAGGGGUAGUCAGGCUCAGAAGGAGAAGCCAAGCCAAACAGAUUCACAUGUAGCCACACCAUCUCAACUAGAGAGUCAGUCACAGGGUAGAGCAAGCAGGAGCAAGGCCGUCAGUGAUUCGGAGGAGUUUGAUCUCCUAGACAAGGUUGAAAAGCAGGAUCCUACUGAGGAGGAGCAAAGCCAAAGUGAUUCUCAGAUGGCCACACCAUCUCCUGCUGCACAAACAGGAUAUAGCCAAUCACAGGGUAGAUCAAGCAGGAGGAGUAAAUUGGUCAUAGAGUCCGAAGAACAGGGUAAAGACAAACAGAAGAGGAGAGUUGGCACGGAAAGCACACUCCGUCAAAUUGACUCAAAGAUCACCACACCUUCAGCCACUCCAAAAGACAGCCAGUCACAGGGUAGAGCAAGCAGGAAAAGCAAGGUGCCCCUCGAAGUGGCUGAGUUGGAGGACAAAACAAGUCCAAAUGUGGCCACUGAUUCAGCAGCAGCACCCGAGAUGAGCCAGACUGAUUCUCAGGUUACUCCUUCCGCCACCAGCCAAACAGCCAGCCAGCCGAGGCCCAGAGGCAGACCCAGUAAGAGAAGCAAGUUAGAGGAACAGGUGAAGGCCAGCAGCAGCCCUACCAUAGAGACUGAGAGCUCCCAGGUGGCAGACCAGGCUGGAACACAGGAAUCCCCACAAGAAAGCAAAAGGACUACGAGACGGAGAGCUUCCCAGGGCUUACUGUCCUCCAACGUGGAGAACUCUGAGUCACACGCUUCAGAGACCCGGGAGGAUGCCCAGAAACCCAAGAAGAGAGGCAGGAAGCCCAAAUCCACUGAAGCUCUUCCAAGCCCACUUGCUACUGUCGGAUCAGGAGACCCAGGGGCUUACCAAGAGAUCCCAAUGGAUAGUUCUGAAUCUUCUCUAAAGUCUGAAUCAAAAAAGUCAGACUCGCAAAACCCAUGGAGUGAGGCCUUAGAAGUUAAGAUUCCACAGGAUGUGGAUGAAACCAUUAAAACUAUCAACUCCCUUAAACCUGAAGUGGAAGUUCUGAAACUUCCUCUAAUAACAAAGAACGAUAUGGGGCAGAGGGAGGCUGACACUGAGAUGGUAGAUAUGGAGGGUGGUGUGGUUGACCCUGUUGUUCCAGACAAGGCUGAGCAUGAGAAUACUAAGCCGCCUUCUCAACAGAUCGACUCUUCAUUAAAACCUGAUCUAGAACAACUGAAGAGUCUGCCUUUGUGCAUAUCCCCACGGAAGAAGGAACGUGGACAUAAACUUUCAGAAAGCAUAUCUAACUUUGACACUGUCUCCUCUCAGGAGGGUGACCUUGGGUGUGAAGGGCCAACACGGCUCCAAAAUAAGCUGCUCACUGACUCUGAGCAGGCCAACUCUCCCGUGUCUUCCGCUGAAGGAAAUGCAGUAUCAGGAUAUGACAGUGUAUUCCUUGAACCAAACAAACUACGUACCCCUCCCAUCUCCAAUGGACUCCCCACAGAUACUUCACCAAGCGAAGCUGCGGAGGAGAAACUGAGUCUUCAGGUUUCUGAGUCUUCAGAGGAGAAGGUUGUAGACGUGCCUAAGCCUGUAACUGUGUCCAGUGAGGAGGUGACAGAGGAGCAGAUGGGAGAAGACAAGGAGAACCGACAUCCAGAGUCUACUAACAAUGUUCUAGAGGACCAACCAGAAGAGGUAGUUUUCAUGUCUAUUGUGCAAACCCAACCAGAGGGUUUCAAUGCCUUAGAUGAGGAACAACAGGAGGAGCAGUACACAUGUAUUAAAGAAGGCCAGCCAGAGCCUGACAACACCUCUACUAGGACCAGAGAAAACGACACCGAGCCUCAGGCGGACGACGUUCAAGAUAUCACUCCUCUCCAAGAGAGGGCGAAAAUGGAUACGGUUCCAGGCCUUGAGUGUGAAGAAGAGGAUGGUGAAGAAACUCAGAUAGACAAUAACGACCUAGAUCUACGUCCUCUAGACUCUGUUGCCCCUCUGACCUUCGACACUCGCGAAGCACCAGUGCCUCUACAUCAUCCAAGUACCUCUAAAGACGUGUUGUACCAAGACUCCCCUCCCAAGCAGAAGGGUUUGGAGGCUAUGAUGGGGCUGGAGGUGGGCCAGAGCCCCAGCAGGAUCAGGGGGGUGUGGACCCCCUCAGCCUCCCCCUCCACCUCUAUACUGAAGAAAGGACCAAAAAGACCAAUAGAAGAGGAGAGUCCUUCACCUUUCACUAAGUCUCGACGAGUAUCAUUUGCUGACCCAAUCCAACACCAGGAGCUGGCAGAUGACAUUGACCGUCGCAGCCCUAUCAUCCGAUCCAGCUCCCCAAGAGCCAAAACUGCCAGCAGCAGCAUCCCUCAGCCUAAGUAUAUCACAACACCAACAAAGGGCCUACUGAUCCUUAGUCCACGCAAUCUCUGCAGCCCUGCAUACAAGAGCUCCAAGAAAUGCCUGAUCUCAGAGAUGAGCCAGGAGCCAAGGCCCAUCCCUAAGGACUGUGUCUACCCGGCCCUGGUCAGCUGUUCUACCCCUGUGGAGGCGGUGCUGCCUCAGAUCACCUCCAACAUGUGGCCUCGUGGUUUUGGUCAGCUUGUGCGAGCCCGUAAUAUCAAAACGGUUGGAGAUCUCAGUGCUCUCACACCCAGCGAAAUCAAGAACCUUCCCAUUCGCUCCCCAAAGAUCUCUAAUGUGAAGACAGCACUUAAAACAUACCACGAACAGCAGCGGAAGGGCCGUAGUGAUGAGUUGAAGAGUUUUGAAGAGAUGGAGAACAUGACAUCAGAGCUGGAGGAGUCAACCCUUCCUCAAAACCAGGAAGAGGAGGACAAGACUCCUGGAGAGGGCCUCGCAACAGAGAUGGAGCAGGGUCCAGAGGAGAGAUCGGACCAGAGCAGGCCUGAUCACCAGAGACCUGAGGGGGAUCUUCCGUCAGAGGUGGAGGCCCUGGGGGCUCGUCUAACUGGGGAGGAACUGAGCCACUGCUCCCCUGACCAGCUUGUUCAGCUCCAUGAUCAGCUGGGAGGGAUGAUGAAGAAUGUAGUGGUGCAGCUGCAGAGCAGACUACUGGCUCAGAACAAGGACAGCGGAUCCUGAUUGAAACAGCCUACAGGGUUUGGAUUACAUAUCUUGGGAAUGCCCCGACGUGACGUCUCUUGAAGGUGCCAAUUAAGGGUGCCUAUUGACAGUUGUGGGUGGCGGAAUAUUGGUGUUUGAAUUCUUAUAGAUUUUUAUUUUUUAUGGGUGCCCAGGCCCCCCAGCCCCCAUGGACGUCGAACCUGAACACCCCAAUCGAGGUUUCUCCUAUUACACUCUGACUCUUAAAAAAACAGAUUCUUAAGAGUUCAUCAGGACUGUGCUUCAAGUUGACUAGGAUCUAUGUUUGGAUUGUAUGUUUUUAACUCCUGUUCUCUUUCGCCUUUUUCCUUGUCCUCUGAUGGGUGAGGGAGGUAUUUCAUAAAUGCUAGCUACUUUACUAUUCUUUUUAGCCUGAAAGGUUGGGUGAUGAUGAUUAACUGUCAUUAUGGCAAGAGUGAAAGGGAUGCACGGUCUCUGAUUGGUUGUUCCAAGACUUUGCCAUGAAGUGACUUUUUAGCAAUAAAUGCUGGCCAGGGGGAUGGCACUUUUAACAUUUUGUGUACUUAAAUAAAGUAUUCUAAGACUGAUUAGGCUGUAUCACCAAGUGUUAUUUUAGAUGUAUAGGGGGAUGAAAAGUGUCAUGUUUUUGUAAUGGUCUCUUUUUAAGCUUACAGUAGGCGGGCAUCAUAUUUCUGUUCUGAUUUUGAAUUGAUGACGCUUAAGGGCUGAUAUGUUAGCACGUACGUGCAACAGCAAGACCAGGAAGCUAACUUGCCACAGGCCCAGCCAUUCAGAAUGAGUUUUUCCCCACAAAAGGGCUUGAUUACAGAAAUACUCCUCAGCAGCUGGGAUCUUUUAUUUCAGCUCAUGAAAAAUGGGACCGACACUUCACUGCUGCGUUUGUGUUUUCUGCUCUUUUUUUUGUUGUCUAUAAAACCUCAAAGAAAUGUU